AUGCUUCUUCCCAAGGCUGGGGUAGAGAUUGCAAAGGGUCUGACUGCUGGAGUACGGAGUUCCCUGUCUGUUCUUGCAGAUAAUAUAGUAGAGAGUAGUCUGGCCCUCGCAGAUAUCUGGCAUCAUGUACGGGCGGAGGUCCGCAGCCUGGCAAAAGCGCCGAAUUGGGCCAAAGUAAGGAUAGCUCCCAUGCCCUUGUCUCAAGCAAGCCAAAUACUAGACAUAGAAUCUGACACUAGCCUGGACAAGAUCAGGGCCCAACGUGAUAAGUUGCUCGGACAGCUGUCCCUCAGUCCUUUUCUUCAGGUUAAGGUUAAUGAGGCAUAUGAGCGUAUUAAAAAAAGUAAAUGCGGGCGUUAUGCACACCGCCGGGAAAGCCGCAGGGAACGUUGCAGGGAAAGUAAAAUUCAGAUUUUAAAUAAAAACAUAUGA